AUGGAGGAAGUAGCUUUUGGCUCGGAUAUACAAAUUUUUCUGCCAGCAUCUACUACUGCUAAAUCAGGGAAACGCGUUGUCCCUCGCAAAAGACCUCUACCUUCCUGGCUGCAGAAAGAGUUAGUCAGAUUUGUGUUCAUGUUGGCCUUACUCAAUCCUACCCACAUUUUUCACUUAUACGCAUUUCAGACGUCAAAACUGUGCUGUCGAGUUGGAAUCGUUAAGUUCUAAGAGGACGGGCGUUUGCAUUUUAAUGUUUUACUUGCACAAUUUUGCCUGUAGAACUUUACGGGCCUUCACUAGCAGAGACUGUUUUUUUUAUUUGAUCCUUUCACAAACGCGUUAAUACCCUCGUCAUGCUCGCCGUUACAGAGCCGUUCCUGUCUGUCCGUCCGAUCUCGUACCUCGUUGUUACUUGUCCGUGUACCGUACCACGCAGCAUUAUGAAAGAUAAAAUUCAGGGUCCUUUCUGUUUUUGUUUUAUUCUUCAUGCGAAUAACGCACCAUGCCUCAUUGAACAAGAGAAAUAUAACCGCAUCUGCACUUCUGGACGUUUUGCGCGCACGAACUCUUUUACUUUUAGUGGGUCACAAAUACAACAUGUGUUUAGCAUGUAAUUGCGGUAUGUAUUUGUGCUUUCACGUGAGAUUGACUAUACCACUUUCUCGGAACUUUUACAUGCUCCGUGGAGCAGUUGAGAUCAAGAUAUUGUUAGAACAAAGACAUACUAACUUCGCCAACCAAACCUUGUCAAACGUCACAUUAGGUACAUAGGAGACAUAGAUUAGGAAAUUUCUAAAUAAACGAAAUAUUUCUGAUCAACCGGAAAACGGUAGAUGUGUCGACCGAAACAUCAAACUAAUGAUGAAAGACCUCCAGUUUAGUGGAAAUACCUGAGAACGCAGUUAAUAUUUUCGAUCGCAACCGACAGGGCAACGAAUCUUUGGUUUAAUGAUAGAGCGCUUGACUCAGCAGCAAAAUUCCCUGGUUCCAAUUCUAGGCGUGCGAGUAAUCUGGAGUUGAGUAUGCCUGGCUGACGACGGCUGGUAGGCCGAAAAUGGCCGUCCCAGACCCCGUUUGUCAGUACUCCUCCAAAAUCAAAAUGUCUAUUGGAAGUAAUAUUGCGCCGCUCGUAAAAUAUCGGAUUCCUGAAGAAAAACAGGAAUGUCGAAAAGGCAAAAAUCGUGUCGAAUGAGUAAAAAUCUUUAAAGUACAUAAAUCCCGUCCGUUCAAACAACUAAGUAUGUACAAGAGCGUAAACACAAUAGCUAUCAAAAAGUCCUGCCCACGUAAAUUCUAAGUAUCAUCCAAAAAUUCGCGUUGAGAGGUAGGGCGCUUAGCUAAGUGUAUAAUUUUUGGUUAUAAGUCCCGAAACUGUUCCACGAAGAUUCGAUGUAUUUUUUCCAAAUUUUCGCACUUGAUGCGGUUGAUUAAAGCAAAGGGGCUUUUGAUUGAUUUCGCUGAUACGGACGCAGCAAGAAUAAGAGUUUCUAUCAAGGGACAUCUUGAGAGCUCGGUCAAUCGCCGAGAAAUUGGAAUAAGGUUGGCAGCUCUAAUCAUAAUUAUAUUAUUUUCCGUGCAUGAAUAGGUCUUUCAGUAAUAUUACUGUGCGGAUUUUGGCGACGGUCCACUACGCCGAAUUACAAUGUCCUUGAAAUUUCGAUGGUUACCUUGCGGUUUUCAUUGAUCCCAAUCAGGCGGCCGAAAAGACAGAUUUUGUAGUUUGUGUCUACGAAAACCCUCAAAUAAGGUAUCUCGUGGAAUUAUUUACUAGAACGAUGAAUUGUUAGGCGACAUUUCUUUUUUAUGCAGAUGGCCGCUUGAGUCGUAUUUGUAGACUCAUCCAAACAUGAAACUUCAGCGCCAAAAAUGAACGUAUGUAAAUAGAGCUUUCGCGCAACUUUUUUAAUUAUAACAUAAUUCUCGAAAAUGACGGUCCUUCAGAGGCUGGCAAGAUGUAUAGGCCUAUUUAGUGUGUAACACUUGCGACAAAAGUAAACCACCCACCUAAAGUAAACGCACUAAUUAGAGCCGAAUUGCGCCCUACUAGGGAAUGAAUGAGAAUAUAUGUGGGGGAAAAUGUAGCGCUUUCCAAAAGAUCGGGAAAGAUAGCCCAAGAAAAGUGAGCAAACAGAGGUAACUAUGCUAGCUAAAGUCUGACUUAUGAAUUAUUCCACUGGACCCGUCAGCGUCGUCCACAUAGGAGUCUCGCCGGAUUUGUCGGAGGUUUUAAGCACAACUUCUACAUUAUGCACUGGUUUUCUUUGACUGAGAACAUUGCCGUCAAAGUACCCAGACGCGCAUUUGAACAGCUGGCGUCUAGUAUCAGGGUGCGUACCAAAACCAGUUUGAUCAGAACUCCCCUUAUAUGCAAAUUUGAUAACCUUUUUCUGUAGUGAGGAGUGGGGAAGAAAGUCGGCAGUAGUCUGGUUGGAAUUCUUUCAGUAGUUUCUUAUGUUGGCUAUUGAUCCUUUUGGGGACAAAAAGUCAAAUUAGAAUACCACAAAUGGACUUCCCUUACUUUAUAAUAGUUUUAGAAUAAAGUUUUCUGUAGACUGGGACCAGCUGCUUCACUCAUAUCUCCGGAAGAGUAGGACAGAAUAGUCACGCUUCAGGAUCAAUCAAGGUGCGACAAGGGUAUCAUUAUAGAACUCGGGAAUCCGACAGAAGAAAUACUUUUGCUAACCUUUUUACCCGGCCAUGUGUGUCACAAGCGUGGACAAAGUUCAUGCGACUUUUGACCGGGACAUCAACUUAUUGGUUAACGCUAUUCGCUCCUCCGGACCAUCGAAUCUCGUCAGUGUUUUUAAGUACUCUCACCCUCCAUUGUUUUGUACUCUAUGCACGUAUUUGGUCAUGUUCAUAGUCAUUCGCUGUGGUCGGUGAUGCUGCAUCGUGGAAGUCCAUCGCAGCCGACACUAUUGCUUUGGGUCUACCGUUACGAAGUGUUAAUGAACGUGCGCGCGAGUGACAGAGAUGACUCCUUUGUUGUCACUUCAGGCGUCCGUGAUAUUUGCGUCCUCUCUUUCAACUUUUUCGAUUUACUUGAUACACUGGGUUAUAUAGCAUACGUUGGUAUGUGUUCCGAUGUCCCUGCAGGCUGCGAUCCGUGUACUACGUAUCUUAAAUGUUGCGCCACCACAAAAAACUUCUUCAGAGAGGUAGUAUUGUUUCCUAGACAAGUGUGAAGGCAGCCUAAGUGGACUUGAAAGUAAACUCUCCGAAAUGAAUAUAAUCGCCUCAAGUUUCGCUGUCGGAGAUAUCUUUCAGUUUACCGUAAUUAGUGAGCCUUCCGAAUUACUAGACAACCUCUGCCAAGUAGGUAAGCUGAGGACGAGAUCGACUAUCGCACCAACUAGGUGGACGCUGCCUCCAUUCGAUUCUGUUGAAAUCUCUUGAGCUGAAGUGAGAUAAAACAAAACUAGAUCACGAGUACACGGACGCCUGUCAGAAAAAAGUAUAUCUGUCCGAGGAAAUCGGUCGAGUAUGGCUAUUCUGUUGAUGGUGAUUUCAAACUGCUCCUUAGAUUAGCCCAUCCGACCGUGUUUCCGACUGAUGAUUUUACCGUCGGUCGGAAAAACAACCAGUCAACCUCGUCCUUAUUUUUAACUGGCUGGGAUGGCACAGUCACUAGCCGCUUUAACCUAAAGGCGAAAUCCGCCGCGUUGUCUUACACGCUUCUGCCUAACUACAGUGUCGAGCUUGUUGUUUAAAGACGUGCGUUGUCGUGGUGGCAGCUCACCCUAAGCUCUAUCUGAUUUGAUGUCCGGUCUGUCCUUCUCUACGGUUGUGAAUGCUGGGCUUUGCGCUUGGAGGACGAGCGAAAACUGGAGGUAUUUGACCACCACUGCUUGAAGACCAUCCUUCGAGUGAAGUUCACCGACUUCGUCUCAAAUGGAACAGUCCGCGCUCGCUGCGACAACAUCUCAAGGAUAACUCAGGCCAUCCAAGAAAGACGACUGAGGUAGUUCGGGCAUGUUCUUCGUCGUCCACCUCAGGAGCUCAGUGUUACUGCCCGCGAUCCGACACUGUUGCCCCUUUGGAGGCGUCGAAGAGGGAGUCAGUUCAAAACCUGACUCGACACAGUUCGUAAAGACUUGGAGGUGGUUCUUGGACCUUCGGUAUUCGGUCUCCGUCUUUGGCGAAGGGAAUGGGUUUAGCUGUCCAGAUCUGCUGCCGCGGAUCGUCACGCAUGGAGAGGUACAGUUCGUGAAAUUGUCAAGGCCGGCUAGAUCAGGCAUGAUCGCAGCCGUAUCAAGUACAAGUAAGCAAGUUCUACCUAACGACAGUGUCGAGGUUGUUGCUUAAAGAUGUGAGUUGUCGUGGUGGGAGCUGACUCUGAGCUCUAUUUGAUUUGCUGGCUUAGUUUCGUCGAGAGACUGCAGCCAACUGGCUUCAAGAAAAGGUAACAGACCGACAGCAUGGGGCCGCUUAAAUCGGUGGUAGCAAAUCCCCUUAAGAGCUCCGUUGCGUACUUUCUUGCGGCUUUCUUAGCAUACUGGUCAGCAUGCUCGACAGUUGGCACCUUCUUGAAUGGUCAACUUUUUAUGGAGUAUGCUGAGCUAUCAUGCGGAUUUGGUGGUAAACAGGACUGCAGGCACUCUUUCCUCCACAGGAUCGCAUCGGAACAGUUUACUUAUAUCUCACUAUUUAGCACUUAUUAAACAGUGCCUUCUGAAUUGCUUAACCUUGGCUUUGUUUAUUUUCAUUUUUGUAGUGCGAAACCGAACCUGGACGAAGUCUGCGUUUCUGGCGAAACGGUGUUGAGAAAUAGUGACAUACUCGCACAUCGGCACCUGGACACUGCCUAA